AUCACGUGUUGUACACGUCAUAUUAACGCGAUCGUCUUGUUCGAGCCCAUGCCCCGAGAACGAUCAAAGAGAAAUUAAGGUCCUCACAUGGCGCGAAACCAACUUUUUCCAUGUCAAACUUGGACAGCGGCUGUCCAUGACACACAUGACAACAUCAUCUUCUAGUGGCGUAGAGCUCCACUCCACAGAAAAUACUGUAAUAAAGAGACCACCCUCAGAGGCCGGCCUCUUCGACUUGCAACCAGAGAUGCUGGCGUGGCUCCACGACACCAAGUUGGAACACUGACGUUACACGUGAGAGACAGAGAGAGAGAGAGAGAGAGAGAGAGGCAACGUCAUCCGCCGAAUUAGGUGACCCAGUUUAUUAUUUUGUUUAUAGCAAAUACAGUCGCAAAUAUAUUGUUUCAAUGUGUAGUUAAUGGUAUUAAUGUAUAGUAUAUGAUUUUAAUCUAUUUUAAUCUAUAGUAUUGGUAUUUUACCCAUGCCUUAUUUCGGGAUAUUUGUAACUUCUGCUGUCUUUAUCUUAGUAUUCUGGAAUACUAUGGUUUAUUUCGAAAAUGUUUCUCAGAUGUCGCAUGUUUUCCCAUUCUAGAUUGAUAGAUAGAAUUUACGGUAGCGUUCUUUGGCCUGCUGUCCAAAGAACAUAGAAAACAAUACGGAAUGCGAUCAUCUCAUGUGCGGUGGCACCACAAAGUAGAUUGCAGAAGUUAACUCAGCAGCAUGGACGCGUUCCAGGCAGUUACUGCGACCGCAAGAGAGUAAGUAUUACUAAAAAGAAGCACACAAGUUUCCAACUUGCCGAGUGGACAGUGAAGCAGAAAAUAGAUUUGUCAAAAAGUGUGAGGAAAAUAUGCACUGUCUGCCGACUCACAUUUUCCAUAGUCCAUGUGGAACUGACUCACCUUAAGCAACACGGUGGACACGAACGAAAAAACGCACAACUAAGCAAGGGGGAACCUGGACAGAUCCAUUAGGCAACGACAAAGAUGAUUAUCCAGACAUCCCCAACGUCAAAGCAGCAGUAUUUUUGUCCUCAGCAUCCUUAUUUUCCACAAAGAAUGGAAAACCUUUGGACCCUCCAACAAUUGCCAGCGGCUCUCACGGCAAAAGUGGUGGCCUUAAAAACAAAUGAGAAACAUUCUCGAUGGGUCCUAAAAGAGGAUGGCACGGUGCAGGCUGGGGCCUCCCACUUUAACACAGUGGCUGCCCUCUGUGAUGGCCACCGUGUUUGCAAAAUUGUGUUGUUUGCAAAUUUAGCCUCCGACGUCUCUGUCGGAAGUACAUUUCGAUUUAUUAAUUUUGGCCGGGGAAGAGAAGAAGGGGUCCUCCUCUCCCGGCACAACACCACCAUUUACGUGGCUGGGGGGAUGGAGGUGACGCCUGAUUUGGAGGCAAAGGGGACAGCUCUGCUGUACCCUUCAAGUAUUACCAGGGAAUUAAAGGACAUCAGCCAUGAGGAGGGUGUCCUGUUUACGACAGACGGCAUUGUCUCUGCUAUCCGCCCCAUUAGGAUGGUGCUGACACGCGCGAUCCCAGUCCCAUUGGGCAUCUUUUAUUUGAAAAAAGAUCAAACGGAAAUAAAGGUGCUCAGGUGGCGGGAGAGCAACUUUUUUCGAGUAGUUGUUGGACAGCGGCUUUCAAUGACGCACUUGACGACAUCGUGUUCUGAUGGCGUGGAGCUCCACACCACAGAAAAUACUGUGAUAAAGGAACUGGAAGAAAAGUUUCAUGUUGUGGCCUUUAAAAUAAAAGGCAAACACGUGGAGCUUGUCAACCUCAACAAUGCCACCAAAACGGUUCCUUUGGAUGAGUGGAACCAAAGAUUCCCCGAGGGCCCUAAUUUUCCCCCAGAGGGGUUUUUGUGGAUCAAAGAGAAAUUAAGGUCCUCUCAUGGCGCGAAACCAACUUUUACCAUGUCAAACUUGGACAGCGGCUGUCCAUGACACACGACAACAUCAUCUUCUAGUGGCGUGGAGCUCCACUCCACAGAAAAUACUGUCAUAAAGGAACUGGAAGAAGAGCCCUUUCGCUUUGUGGCCUUUAAAAUCAAAGGUGAACAGGUGGAGUUUGUGGACGCCACCAAUGCCACCAGAAUGGUUCCAUUAGAGGAGUGGAACCAAAAAUUCCCCGAUGGCCCUAAUCUUCCCCUAGAGGGGUUUUUGUGAGACCACCCUCAGAGGCCGGCCUCUUCGACCUGCGACCAGAGAUGCUGGCGUGGCUCCACGACACCAAGUUGGAACGUGAGAGAGAGAGAGGCAACGUCAGGUGACCCAGUUUAUUAUUUUGUUUAUAGCAAAUACAGUCGCAAAUAUAUUGUUUCAAUGUGUAGUUAAUGGUAUUAAUGUGUAUAUGAUUUUAAUUUAUUUUAAUCUAUAGUAAUGGUAUUUUACCCAUGUCUUAUUUUGGGAUAUUUGUAACUUCUGCUGUCUUUAUUUUAGUAUUCUGGAAUACUAUGGUUUAUUUUGAAAAUGUUGCUCAGAUGUCGCAUGUAUUCCCAUUCUAGAUUGAUAGAUAGAAUUUACGGUAGCGUUCUUUGGCCCGCUGUCCAAAGAACAUAGAAAACAAUACGGAAUACGAUCAUCUCAUGUGCGGUGGCACCACAAAGUAGAUUGCAGAAGUUAACUCAGCAGCAUGGACGCGUUCCAGGCAGUUACUGCGACCGCAAGGGGGUAAGUAUUACUAAAAAGAAGCACACAAGUUUCAAACUUGCCGAGUGGACAGUGAAGCAGAAAAUAGAUUUGUCAAAAAGUGUGAGGAAAAUAUGCACUGUCUGCCGACUCACAUUUUCCAUAGUCCAUGUGGAACUGACUCACCUUAAGCAACACGGUGAACACGAACGAAAAAACGCACAACUAAGCAAGGGGGAACCUGGACAGAUCCAUCAGGCAACGACAAAGAUGGUACGUAAAUAUUUUUUUAAACCCUCUCAAGGUUAAUAUGAGAAUGUACAAUGGAUGUCUAUCGUAUAGAAAAAGCUAUAUUUGCUUUUGGGUGUAAUAAAUGACCAGGUAAAUGGAUAGAUAAUACAUAAAAACCAUUCGUUUGCAUACAUUGAUAAAUAAAAGAUCAACAUUAUGUGGCACUUGCCUCCCCAGAACUUUUGGUUUAUAGGAAGGUUUGUUUUCUAUUUAGAGGAAGAAACGCAUGCGCCCAAGUGCAAUAUGUAUUUUUGCCAGUAGAGGACGCUGAAACUAAAUAUGUUGCAUAGCGGAUGAGCUGUCUUAAUCAUUUCUGUCUGUAACAAUUGCACACACAGCCUUACAUUUGUAACAAGUUUCAAGAGAUGUGCAUAUUUUUUCAUUAGACAUGCAAUGUAAUUCUGUCAACUUUUAAAUAAACUAUGUUAUUUUACUUUUAAUGUGGACAGAGGAUUUAUUUUUGGUGUUUUUGAUUUUACUGCAGAUUAUCCAGACAUCCCCAACGUCAAAGCAGCAGUAUCUUUGGCCUCAGCAUCCUUAUUUUCCAAUGGGAUUUGUGGACAGGAAUGUCUUUUUCGACAUGUUCCAACUUUAAACUGUUCAUCUCAUGCUUAAUAACUGUCGCUCAGCACUGACACCUGGUGGACGUUAUGUUGUCAUGCAGAUGUUGUUAUGCCUAAUAAGAACAGAUUCAGAUUUGAUUCUUAGUAGUUACCUUGCUGACUGUUUCUUGUUGACUAAUACUUCUUGCGUAUGUACUGUUUUUACUCGCUUAUUGGUUUUCUUGCUUACUGCUUUUUCUAAAAUGUACAUAUUCACCUGCAGUUUCCAAAUUUUUUUAACCUAUUUGUAUUGUCCCAACAUCAACAGGUUCAGCUAAAUCCCACUUCAUGUAUACAUCAUUCAGUGUCAUUUAACAGCGUUUUUCCUUUCUAACUUAUUCAUUUUGCCACCAAUUCAACCCGUUUCAACAUUUAGCUCAUGCAUUUUAUGCCUAACUAUUCCACAACUUCUCACUUACCAAUAAUUCGAAAUUCUCUAAAAUUUGGUUUUUCUACUCUAAUUUCUACCAUUUUCAACCGAUUCUACCUAGUCCAACUUUCAACUGUUCAUCUUUUGCCUACCUAUUCCAAAACUUCCCACUUACCAAAAUUCAAAAUUUGAAAUUCAACCAAAUUCUCCAAAAUUUCAUUUUUCUAUUCUAAUUUCUACAUUUUUCAACCGAUUCAACCCAUUCCAAUUUUCAACUGUUCAUCUUUUGCAUACCUAUUCCACAACUUCCCACUUACCAAAUAUUCCAAACUUUCAAUUUUGAAAUUCACCACAAAUUCUCCAAAUAUUCUACAUUUCUCAAGUAAUUCAACACGUUUCAACAUCGUUCGGCAGCAUUCCCCGAAAAAGUUAUUCAUACAUUUCGCCUUCACACGCAAUUUCUCCAGAAAUUGCAAAAUUCUAGUUAUUCUAUUUUAUUCUCCUCACUUUUUUGUCCAGCUUCUUCUUUCACAAAAUUCAUCCGAUUCACUCCAUUCCAAUUUUCACGUAUUCCAAAUAUUCAGGAAAGGGUGGCUUGUAUUUUUCUCAUUCCGAAAAUUUUCCGAUUCCGCAAAAUUCCCAAAAUUCCGACAAAUUUUUCCCCAUCCAUUCUUAAUGGCACAUUCUACAUUUCACAAAAUUUCGUUUUUCACCUCUAAUUUCUACAUUUUUCAACCGAUUCAACCCAUUCCAACUUUCAACUGUUCAUCUUUUGCCUACCUAUUCCACAACUUCCCACUUACCAAAAAUUCCAAAUUUUCAAAUUUGAAAUUCAACCAAAAUUCUCUAAUAUUCCGUUUUUCCACUCUAAUUUCUACAUUUUUCAACCGAUUCAACCCAUUCCAACUUUCAACUGUUCAUCUUUUGCCUACCUAUUCCACAACUUCCCACUUACCAAAAAUUCCAAACUUGAAAUUCAACCAAAAAUCUCUCAAAUUCCGUUUUUCUACUCUAAUUUCUACAUUUUUCAACCGAUUCAACCAUUCCAACUUUCAACUGUUCAUCUUUUGCCUACCUAUUCCACAACAUCCCACUUACCAAAUAUUCCAAACUUUCAAUUUUGAAAUUCACCACAAACUCUCCAAAUUUUCUCAAGUAAUUCAACACGUUUCAACAUCGUUCGGCAGCAUUCCCCGAAGAAGUUAUUCAUACAUUUCGCCUUCACAUGCAAUUUCUCCUGAAAUUGCAAAAUUCUAGUAUUUAUUGUGAUAUUUAUACUUUACAAUUUAAAAUAAAUUCACUGCACCCAUUUUUAUACAAAACAGCUUUAUUUUAUUAUUUUGCAAAAUAACCCAAUGUUUUCAGAAAUUGACCAAGAUGUAUCGGUCCAUUUUUUAACGGAGUAAUUUAAAAGGUUUAAAUAAAGAAUAAAAUCACGGUAUUACUGUUAUUACUCGAUUUGCUUCCAUUGCAGGUGACAUCUUUUGGACGCACACCAAUGUUGCAGUCAAGAAAACCACGCCUGACAGAGGGCAAUGAAAUGCAUCCUCCUCGAUUCCUCCAACUACUUGAACCGAGCACAACUCAUCAAAAAAUGCCCUCGGUGGAAGUCAGUCAGUCAUUUUUCCAGCCCCACCCACCUGAGUUAAUUUUCCAGAACUUCACUCCUGCACAAUCUUACAAGUUACCUCUGCAACUGUUCAACAAUGAUAAGAUAUCACGGCAUGUCAAGCUGGAGCAUCAGGAGUCUGCUUAUUUCCAAGUUGAAGGCCCAAAGGAGGCUAAGACUAAAGUAGCAGCAGGAUUGUCAGUGGGCUUCACAGUCUGCUUCACUCCACAGGAGAACAAGGAUAGUCAGGCUGAGAUUGUGCUGUCAGCCAGGCGCUUAUUGGAUUUAAUCAGUUCGCCUGAAAGACAACGGGGCGCAGCCAGUGGUGGAGUAGUAAAUCAAGUUCCGAGACUGGUUAACUAUCAGUGACCCCACCAAGGCCAUAUCUCAGUGUGCUGACAGUUUUCUGCGUAUUCAUCAAACUGAGAGCGCCUUACUUCUCAGCAUGGACAUCAGAAAAAGCCCUGCUUAACAGGACAUGGCACUAAUCUCCUUCUACAAGCGAAAUCAUGUGGAAUGGGGACGGCCUCUGAAUUGCAAACUUGAAGGAGAUACUGCUAUUGGACAGGGUGUAACUCGCUUCUUUUUCUCAACAUGCAUGGAAAAAUUGAAGUCAGGGUUUUCCAUCAAUUUUGCAAACUCAAAUGUUACGCGGCUUUUUGAAGGAGAGACUGGCCAUUUGGCUCCCUCAGCCUCUCACUUUCUUGUUGAAAGUGAUAUGUUCAUGUUGGCGGGGAGAAUGGUAGGCCACUCCUUUCUACAUGGCGGACCAUGCCUGUUGGGAAUCAGCCCUGCAGUGAUUCAUGUCCUACUUGGUGGAAGUCCUGAAACUGCAACUGUUACACUUGAGGACUGUCCAGACCUGGAUAUCAGAGAAACAAUCGGACUUGCUGUGGCCUUGUGCUUGGAGAAAGGCCAAAGAACGCAGGCGUCCGGUGCCCUCCGGUGGUUCGACGAGCACGUCGAAUACCCGCCAAAAGUGGCAGCCAAACUCUCCAACAUUGUGGCGCAGAUGGACACCUACCACCCUUACCUCACCGUGUUCAGUUUCGAUUGACUGCUGGAGGUGGUUCAGACCUUCCUGGACGCCUACCUGGCCAAGAAUCCGACCGAGUUCCUUGCCAAUGUUGGCACGCCCACCGCAGGCUUUUUUCUCACGAGGCAAGCCGUCAAGAAGAUCCAGUGUUCCCGCAGUACGGAUGCCAUAGACGCCGUGGCCACUGAAGACAAGUCUCUCUUGGAGAAGGUGGACCACGCGAGACUCGAGACAAAGACAGAAGCAAAUCUCCAAGUUAGCAAGAAGCUGCGAGUGUCCCUCCAAUGGCAAGUUAUUGUCCACUGACUUGUCGACUGAUGCGGAUAAGCAAAACGUGGAGGCCUUACAAGACACCACUCUCGCUGAAGUUGAGUAUGGACUGCAAAUGCUUUCAAUACGCACCAAAUUGUCAUGACAGCCUAGCAAAGCUCUUAUUGCAUUCACAUGAAUACAAAUAGCUAUCCUAAUCAGAGCAGAGCUUUUGUUACAUCUCAAAUAUUGAGGAAGCUAAAUGUCUCGCCCGUCAAGCAUUUUGGACCACCUCCAACGUUUUUUUUCUACUUGCCCCCAAGACCGAAACGUAAGGUUCGCUCGGCAAAAAGCACCUCCGCCUCUGGCAGAAGACUGUUCUCCAGCAGUUAAUUCUGUUUAUUGGCUGUAUUCUUCGGCGCAGGACUCAACGGUUUAGUUGGAGCGAGCAAGGGAGGGAGGAUACGUGGUGGUCUUUUUCCAAACGUACUGAUUUCUAUAUUGUAGAAAUGGACGCACGAGCUGGAUCUUAGGCUGUUGCAGGGCGUCCGCCGUCAUGGCAAAGGCAAGUGGAGUCGCAUCCUGCAGGAUUAUGACUUUGAGGGCCGCACCGGGGUGAUGCUGAAAGACCUCUGGAGGAUUCUGGAGAAGCUCCACAAAGUGAACUAAGAAGAUCAAAGGGACAAGCCUACCUCGCUAUGGGUGCUUUUUAUUGUACAUAGUUUGUGGUUUUUGUUAUAUUUGAUUGUAUUUUGUUAGGGCUCUUGAAAGAUGUUUGUGCAGUUUCUGGCACAUCGUGGUGUGCAUUAAUGCUGGUAGUAGAAUGACGUGGCUGCAGAAUGUCAUGUCUCGAUGUUCCCCCACCAAGAGCAAGU